GCGUGUACCAUCUUCCUCCCCGAGAUGCCUCGCCUCAUGGACAUCUGCCGACCCGAUGAGGAGCAGUUCCUUCUCCUCAGCCACUUGUGCAAGAUUCUCUUGGAGUAUGCCGUAGAGAAUUCGCAGAGCCAGGUCCUCGUGAACGCCAAGGCGAUGUGCUUGGCCCUCCGGCGGGCCAUAGAAGACCCAGUGCCGAUGGAGACCAUGAGGAACUGUGCCGAUUCGCUGCUGAGCCUCGCCAAGAACUUCGACGAAGCCAAGACGGUCUUCUUGGAUCUGUCCAAAGAGGUCCACAAGAUCUGCGUGGACCUUCUGCAGGACAACAGACGGCUGCAGGAGCUUCGCACGGCUCUCUACCGCUUCCUCACGCUGGUGAACCGGGGCAUCGACAUGUCCUUCGGCUCCACCUCCAUGUUGCGUCGCCAGCUGGCCUUGCUGCAGUCCCGCGUGGGCUGGUCCCGGGAGCGAAGGAAGCUGUUGGAACAGGCGCAACGCGACAGCGUCAAGGAGGAGCCGAACACGAGCCCUCGCUCCCCUCGAUCGCCGCUCUGGUCCCCGUUCUCUCCAGGAGGGGAGACGGCCGGGCCUCGAAAGCGACGGCGGCUGCAGAGCCGUCCAGAAGAUGUCCCCGAUGUGCGUCUGACUCUGCUCAUGCUAGAGUCGGUGGUGGCCUCCGUCAUGUGGCACGUUCGCAUGGCCUUCUGGGUCGAGACACAAGGUGUGUCUCCUGAGGGAAGGAAGGCGGCCGAGUUGCAGGUGGCAGAGAUGCUCCAAGGAUUCACGGAAUUGCCCCUUCUCCGUGCGGAGCUUCCAUCGAUGAUGACGGAGCUCCGAAACGUUUGCCUCGAGCUCGUGGACAGCGACUUCAACUCUCCGGUCCAGGCCUGCGCCUUCUCAGCCUACAUGACCUUGGUCCAAAACUGCGUCGGUGUCAGCGACACCUUGAGCCUGGAGGUGGAUGAGAGCGGUCAGCCGGCCGCAGCGACUGGCUGGGGCGGAACGUACAAGGUGCGGGUCCCCAAGGAUCACAUGCAGGUCCUCUUCAACCACCUGAAUGGCCUCUACGUGAGCUUGACAGACGCCGAGAUUGAAGGAGUGCCCUUCAGCGCGGAGGGAUACCGACUCCAGCCGAAGAAGAAUAGUUACCACCCAGUACCGAACCAGGGCACCCUGACUUCGUUGCGGCACUUGGCCCUGCAGAUGAUGCAGACUCCUGGGGAGGAUCCCGAGGCCGGGGGGCACUUGGAGAUCUCCAAGACAGACCUCCUCCUUUUCGCGGUGCUCGCCACGCGCCAAGUCAUGGAGUGCGAGUUGGAGGAUAUCAUUGCGGGGCCCAUGGCCACCCUGGUUCUGACGCAGUUGGAGAAGGCACGCCCGAAGCCGCUCAAGGAG